AGUGGCAGGAAGAUGGCGUCUAUGCGGUAGUGCUAGCAUUUUCAUUGAAAUAAGAUAUGGACAAAGCUGACUCAUUUUUCAGCUAGAGUUUUUAGUUAGCUAUUCGCAAGUGCUGUUCGUCUUAGUACGUACAUACGCUAUGAGUUUCAGUGAUACUUUGCGUUGUGGAUUGUCUCCGGACUUUCGUUAAUGUGUUUCGGUUCCUGGCUUCCACUAACCAGCACAUAAUAAAUUAGUAUAGUUUUUAGAAUCGUUAAAGCAUUGUGUUGGCUGUUAUGAGUAUCACGUUAGACAGUGGUUGUUCAUACAUUUAAUGGAUUGGAACGUACAAGAGAAUUUACUCAGAAACGAACUACAAUGUUUACAAAUACAGUUUUAAAUAGUUUGAUUUCACUUCCUCGCUAGCCAGGAAAAAUAAAAAGAAAAAAUGGAAGAUAAGAAUCCAGAACGGAAGAUAAUGGUUUUUCGGCCAACCUACGAGGAAUUUAAAGAUUUCUCAAAAUUCAUUGGCUACAUGGAAUCACAAGGCGCCCACAAAGCCGGCGUUGCUAAGAUCAUACCACCACCAGAAUGGGUGCCACGAAAAUCGGGAUAUAAUAUAGAUGAAAUUGAUUUGAACAUACCAGCUCCAAUCUGUCAGGUUGUUGAUGGAAAACCUGGUCUUUAUACUCAAAUCAAUGUACAGAAGAAAGCAAUGACUGUUAAGGAAUACAGGGAUCUAGCUUGCAGUGAUAGUUACAAUACACCAAAGCACAACGAUUAUGAAGAGCUCGAGAGCAUGUACUGGAAGAAAAUAAUGUAUGGUUCACCAAUUUAUGGAGCUGAUGUCUCAGGCUCACUAACAGAUAAAGAUGUUGAUGUGUGGAACAUAAACCAUCUGGGAACCAUAUUAGAUUAUGUGAAUGAGGAUUACGGCAUUAGCAUAGAUGGAGUUAACACCGCAUACUUGUAUUUUGGAAUGUGGAAAACCACCUUUGCAUGGCAUACAGAAGAUAUGGAUCUCUAUAGUAUUAACUAUCUCCAUUUUGGGGCACCGAAGACAUGGUAUGCCAUCCCACCAGAGCACGGCCGCAGGUUUGAACGGCUGGCAACAGGAUUUUUCCCUGAGGCUUCAAAAAGCUGUCCUGCCUUCCUGCGGCACAAAAUGUCGCUAAUAUCUCCGAGAGUAAUGAGAAAGUACUCCAUUCCUUUCAAUAAAAUUACUCAGGAAGCAGGUGAAAUCAUGAUAACAUUUCCAUACGGAUACCAUGCAGGUUUCAACCAUGGUUUUAACUGUGCAGAGUCAACAAAUUUUGCCACUCCCCGUUGGGUGGAAUAUGGAAAAAGGGCAUCUCAGUGUCAUUGCAGGGAGGACAUGGUGAAAAUCAGUAUGGACACAUUUGUGAAGCGUCUCCAGCCAGACCGCUACCUCCUUUGGCUGCAAGGGAAAGACGUGGGUCCCCACCCCGAGGAUCCCUCACGAAACUACGCUGCACCUCCACCCACGCAGCGUGAAGUCCUCGCAAACAAAAAUAUUUUGUGCCACAGCAAUGCCGACAUGCCGCAGAACGUGCUCAUGAACAUUCCGAGGGCGAAGACCCACCACCGCAAGAAGGUGUCUCCCGGCAGCGUUACAGAGUUGCCUUCCGACCUGGAAGACUUGGACGGUCUCGAAUAUCCACACGACUUACCUUCAGAGGUAAUCAGGAUAGCGGAGGAGAUACGCAAUGAAGAAAUCGACUUAAUGGACGAGAAGACAUUUGAGGUCAUGCAGGAUGUCUGGCUGAAAGCUGGAGAGAUGGAUAUAACAGAGACACUCUUAUAUGAGGAAGAGCUCCGCAAGAAACGCAAACGGAGGCGAAACAGUGAACACUGCAGCCCGACAAAGAGGCUGAGCAGUUUGGAGGAAGACGAAAGCUGCGAAGACAGUCAGCACGAACUUCAGUCGCAACAAGAAGGUGCGAGGACGAAGAAAUGCAAACAUAAGAGGCACCACCAUCACCAUCACCGUCACCAUCACCGCCACCGCGACAAGUUAAAGUUGGACUUCAGCCCGGAGGAGCUGGAGGAGGCGGGCAUCCCGGAUGCACUGCUGCAGUACCUGGCCGCCGAGGAAGGGGAGGGCGUGGCAGCUGCAGAGCUCGAAUCGAAGAGCCGGCCACCCAAGUUGAAGCGCCACCCUGUCACGGUGACGGAGAAGCGCUGCAUCGACGAGUACUUGGAGCUGAUAGACCGCCACUACGAGGAGGCCGCAGAGAAGAGGUUGUCCGCGGCCGGUGGCAGCGGGCCUUCUCUGACGCGAAUCGUGGAAGCACUCCGGCAGCCACAGCGCAGCACGACGCAGCCGGCUGGCGAGUCUGCCAGUAGUGUCUGUCAUAACAAGAGCAUUAAGAGUGAAGAUGCAGAUUUUACAGCUGAGGACAUGAAUGCUGUACAUGGACUUCUGAAUCUGCAGUCGAAGAAUACAUCACCGGUGUUGACGACUGAGCACGUGCCCUCUGCAAGUGGAUUAGACGUGGAAUGCCCCAUCCUGGAUAGCCAAGUUCCAAGUGUCGGAGCCACUGUCGAUGUCACGACAGGGUCUUCACCGGUGAAGGACAUCAAACCAUCAAAGGUUUUAAUUGUGAGGAAUAUUGGUACAGACCAGGCUGGUACGGGCAGGUAUCUGAAACUUGCCAAUACUUACGUACCAUUUAAAAUGGAACCGUAUGACGGUGGCAAGUUCGUGGUGAUACAGCCGCCCAGAGCAUCACAGGAGUCAGUGAGCCACACACUUGGCCAGCAGCAGCCACUGCCUCUAACAUCUCCGGGACAAAACUUCGAUGCCCAGUCACAAACUAGGGUUGUUGUGCAAAGGUCAACUGUGCCACCUUUCCCCAGCAAAACACCGUUCCAUGUUCAGGUAAAUAUUGGCAAGAACAACAUGUUCAUGUGCAAUGUGGAGACUGGUGAAAUUCGCCCUCUGGGCCAAACGGAGGACAUCUCCUCUGCGAGCCGGCAGGCCGGUUCGCUCUCCCACUUUGCUGCAACCGCUCGGCAGCCACAGCCACAGCAGCAGCAACAGAAACUCGGCUGGCACGCUGCCACACACGUACACACAGGGCCGCCCAGCCAGAAGGUGGUAAAGUUGCUGGGGGAGUUCAUUCUGCCAAAGAUCGACGUCGCAAAGCAGCCUGCUGACGCCAAAAAAACGAUGUAUCUACUGCCGCCAAAUGGCGGUUCCGUUUCACCGAAUGUCAACCAGAGGACAGACUCUGCUGGCGAGAGCACACCGCCUGGCACGGUGGGUGUUUCAGAGCCCAUCCAGAACAAUACGUUGAAGCAGUUGUUGGCCUACCGUCCCAGUGUGGGUGCGAAGCCCACUUCCGGAGGACAGAGCAGAGAAGAUGGUGCUCCUACUGCGAAGUUUACUUCUGGAGGACAGAGCAAAGAAGGCAGCGUCUCUGCUAUGAAACCGGCAAGUGUCGGAGUGAAUUCAGAACGCAGCAGACAGCUCAGAGCUCUCAUCAAGCUGUUGGGACCCACAGCCAAUCUCAAGAAUGAAGCAAUACUGAAGAGAAUCAGUCAAGCUCUGUCACUAGCAAGAGCCAGAGCACGAUCAGAAGACAGUCCAAAUUCCAAAGGUAGCGCAAUGACAAAGGCUGGGGCAUGGAGGAAAGGAGCACCUUCUGAUCGCUCCCUAGACAGAGUGGGAACUUGUGCAUCAGAAGGCGGUAAAUCUAGUCGCCCAGUCUCUGGCAAAUUUUCAGAAUUCGCAGUUCCUAGCAGUGUCGACAGUCAAUCAGGUGACACGAAGCAGUGGAGACAUGCUACAGCGUACCGGCAGCAGCGUAAGCGCGGCAGCAGGCUGAACGGCGUGGGCCCGUCCGGUCGGCCUCCGAGGCCGCCCGUCCGUCCACCGAUAUCUGCCCGCAAGAAUCUGAGUCCUGCCGAUCAGCAGAAGCUUAUAGAACUGCAAAAAGUGCUGGAUGACUUUGUGGAGAAUGUUAUCCUCGAGAAAGGUGACAACCCCAAAAGUGAAGAUAAAUUGGGAAAUGACCAGGCAGCCGUGUCGACACCUCCCGACAGUGCCAUUAAGGUGAAAGGGGAGCGGUACGCUGGUGGGAGCGAACGUGUUCUCCUGGGGCAGGAGAAUAAUGACAGGAAGCGGGAGCAGUCGGUAACACUGUACGCGGCAGCCGAAGGCGCGCCUCUGCCGUCGUGUACGCUGACAAAGGUCAGUGUCAAACCGAAGGACGAGAAGGUGCUGUUCAAGUACGAGCACUCAGUGACGCCCGGAUCGGGAUCCGCGCACGGCUGCGGCACGGCUCGCCAGGUGUGUCGCCCCGACCUGGUGAGGCCACUGUCUGUCGCCAUCACGAGACUCCCCACGACGGUCGCCUCGGCAGCUGCCGGCAGUGGCAGCUCCUGUUCACCCGCCCCGCUGCUGGUGCCAGCAGAUGAGGAGCCGGCCUGCAACAGUCCUCGCAGCGAACCACCUCAGCUGUCUCCCGAAGGAGGUCCUGGCUUCAUGAAGGAGAUGCAGCACUCGGCACCAGCAGAUAUGGCCCUGGAGCGUGCUUUCAAUGCAUACUGGAGCGAACAGUACCCGCACUGUUCCCUGUGCACUGUUUUGCUGCACACAAAGUGCUGUUCAGGUGACAUUAACUUAGAUGAAUGGAAGAACAGUCGGACAGUGACGAAACCAUACGUGAGUCCAGUAUGGUUUCCAGAGCGUAGUAAGGAGAUGGAGUCGCGGCGCUUCUUCGACUCCCACACGGGUGUGAAGGUGCUGCUGACAUGUGUUGAGUGUCAGCUGUGCGUGCACACGACGUGUUAUGGCACCAGUGAGCAGCUCCCAAGUGCAGCGGGCAACAUACGCGGCAACUGGCGCUGUGAGAGGUGUCUCUUCGGCUCCCUCGGUUCGGUGUGUUCGCUAUGCAGUAUGCGUGGCGGAGCGUUGCGUCGCACCGAGACAGGGGCCUGGGUGCAUCUGCUGUGUUCGGCCGCUCUGCCCGGCGUGCCAUUCCACGACGCUCUGGAUGUGAGGGGCAUCAGUCUGUAUGCCAGGCAUCUGGACUGCAAGUACUGCGGAGUGCGUGCGGGGGCGUGCGUGCGCUGCUGCCACGAGGGCUGCAGCGCCACGUUCCACGCCACCUGCGGCCUGCUGGCGGGCGCCCGCUUCGGGCUGCGCGUGCCGCCAGACUGCCGCAGCGUGCUGGAGGCGCGCUGCCGGAGGCACGCCCGCAAGGCGUGUGCUUUCGAAACGGGGCAGGCGGUGGUGGUGUGGGUCGGGGGCAGCUGCUUCACCCCCGGGCACCUCACCCGCAUGUCGGUCAGGCCGCUGCUCAAGGUCGCCCUGCCAGACGGCAGACUCCUCCACGAGGUCGACCCGUCCGCCAUACUCAGCCGGGACUGCUCACGCCUCGGCACACCUCUUCUCAACUCUGAAGUGGACGUCUGGCUGAAUGGCAUGAGGUGUUCAGCAACAUUCCAGGGAGUGACAAUCAAGCAGGAGUUUGAUGUUAUUCUGAACAACUCAGAGAAGAGAACAUUCAGACACGAAGAACUUUUUCGCGUUAAGGAUGAGAAUUUGUGAUAACUGGCUUGCCUAGCUUCCAGUUUGUGAGUAACUGCCAGCUUCCAUCUCCUGUCAGCCAUGCCCACACGUGGCCAUUCCACCGAGGAGUGCUCUGUCUCUUCCCUCAGAUUUAGCCGAAACUUCCAGUUUUUGUAGCAUUAGUAGCUCAUACGUUCUAUUGACACUUUGUGAACAUUCUAUUGUAAAUAGUUACAAAACAGUGUGAAUUUAUUUUGUUCUCGAAAAUGCGAUCGGCGUCACUGAGAGAGCCAUACAACACGUGCUCUGAUUGCGACAGAAGGUGGUCGAUCGCCCGACGAUCAGUGUUGUGUCUCAGAGAAACUGUACAAUCCUGCUUCCAUAUAUUUUGUAUUAUGUAUAGAUUUGAGUGAGUUGUUAAGUAUCUUUUUUUUUUUUUUUGUCUCUAGAGACUGAGUUGACACAGACUAUUAGUGUGGAACUGUCUGUCGGAGUACAGCAUUGACUAUAGUUUCACUUAGAUUCACUGAGUUGCACUGUAAACUGGCAGCGUUUUCUUUGACAUUUCUUGUCAUUACAACAAAAGCACCAUUAAAAAAGUUUUA